AUGUCGAGAACCCAUUUUACAUCAAUUAUAGAUUUUUUAUUUGAACGUGUUUGGAUAGAUAAUUCUUCUUCUUCUUCCAGUAAAACUCCUGAUUUAAUUGUUGAACAAGAAGAAAAAAAUAUUGUUAUUGUUGAAAAUAAGGAGGACAGUUUUGAAGAAAAAGAGAAAGGAGGUGGAAAAUUAAUUAAUUUAAUAACAACACCUUUUAAUUCUUCACAUUUUGAAAUUAUUAAUAUUGGUGGUGGAAGUGUAAUUAAAAUUGUUUCUGAUGAUACUUGUGCGUUAGUUGCUGCUAUUGCUGAAGUUGUUAAGAAAGGAGAACCAGAAGAAGAAUUAAUUAAACGUGUUCCAAGAAUAAUUUCUGCUCUUUUAAUUUUGUUGGUUUCUUUAAUUGACACUCAAUACUCUAAUGUCCAGAAGAAUUCUAAUGUUGAUUUGUCUGGAACUACUUCAAGUUCACAAUCCGGCGUUGGAGGAAAGAAAGAAGUAAAAACCAAACCAAUAAUUCCAAUAGUAACAUCAGAAUUAACUCGAAGUGUAGAAACUCCAGCAAAAUUGGUUUCUGAAGCUAUAAGAACAUUCCUUGUUAGAAUAAAUGCUGAAAAUGUUAUUGAAAAAAUGAAUUCUGAGCGUGUUUGGUCUAAUAUUGUUAGUUCUCAACAUUAUAUUAAUGCGUUAUCAAGUUUUUGUUGUGCCCUUUUCAAUUUCCGUCCACAAUUUAUUGGUGAUUUGAUGAGAUUAGAAUGUGAAUGUUUACGAGGUGGAGAAAAUGUUUUAAAAAAUGUUUGUGAUGCUGAAAGAAUUGUUGCUGUAUCUAUUCUAUCUUCUUUAAUUACAAGUUGUCCUCACAAAAAUGGCGAAUUUGAUUCUUCUUUGUUUUGCGAUGUUUUUGGAACGUUGGAAGGAGCUUUAAAAGAUCAACUUUUGACUGUUCGAAAAAUGGCAUUACACGGAAUUGGACAAAUUAGUCAUUUAAAAGGGCCUGAUGCAGAUGAAUUAAUUUUAUGUUUUUCUUCACGUUCAGUGGAAGCUGCUUUAGCUGGUUUAGAUGAUUAUUGGGACAGACAAGACCAAUUAGCAACAGAAUCAAUAGCUUCAUUAGACUCUUUAGUUGGUAUAUCUCAACCAAAAUUAAUUUUAAAUGUAUUACCUCAAUUAUUAUUAAAAAUUCGGCCGUGUUUUGAAAAGGAAAAUGAAUUGCUUAGAUCUAGCGCUUUUUCUCUUUUUGCUGGUUUAGGCUCUUCUGUUGGAAAUUAUGAUAUAUUUAAAGAAAGUUUACAUAGCAAUAUAAUUAGUAUUUUGUUACAUUUAAAUGACAAGGAAGAAAAUGUUAAAUUGGUAAGCGCAAAAAAUUAUAAAAAAAAUUUUAAGAAGUAA